GUUUCCGGGGAGGAGGGCAGAGGAGGACCUGUGCGAGGCGGUUCCUUCGGCAGCGGAGGAGGCAAUGGCUUUGGGGGUCCGGGGGCUGCGCCUCUGGCGGGCCGCCCCUGCUGGCGGGGCUGGCUGGAGAUUGAUAGCAACAUCGCCAGCUUCGCACCUCUCACCGAGAGAACUGAUAGAAAUGCAGAAUGACCUCUUUAAUAAAGAGAAAAACAGGCAGUUAUCAUUAACUCCUCGAACUGAGAAGAUUGAAGUUAAACACGUUGGGAAAACGGACCCUGGCACUAUCUUCGUGAUGAAUAAAAACAUUUCAACUCCUUAUAGUUGUGCUAUGCAUUUAAGUGAGUGGUACUGCGGGAAGUCCAUUCUGGCUCUUGUGGACGGACAGCCUUGGGACAUGUAUAAACCUUUGACCAAAUCCUGUGAAAUUGAAUUUCUUACUUUCAAAGAUCGUGAUCCUGGAGAAGUGAAUAAGGCUUAUUGGCGUUCCUGUGCCAUGAUGAUGGGCUGUGUGAUAGAGAGGGCAUUCAAAGAUGAAUAUGUGGUCAGUUUGGUCAGAGCUCCAGAAGUUCCUGUAAUCUCUGGAGCCUUCUGCUAUGAUGUAGUUCUGGAUAAGAGACUUGAUGAGUGGAUGCCAACAAAAGAGAACCUGCGUUCCUUCACAAAAGAUGCCCGUGCUUUAAUUUAUAAAGAUCUUCCAUUUGAAACUCUGGAAGUGGAAGCAAAAGUGGCAUUGGAAAUAUUUCAGCACAACAAGUACAAAACGGAUUUCAUAGAAGAGAAGGCAUCUCAGAACCCUGAGAGGAUAGUCAAGCUGCACAGAUUUGGUGACUUCAUUGAUGUGAGUGAGGGUCCUCUUAUUCCAAGAACAAGUAUUUGUUUCCAGUAUGAAGUAUCAGCAGUUCACAAUCUUCAAGCCACGCAGUUGAGUCUUGUACGAAGAUUCCAGGGUCUGUCUUUACCGGUACACUUAAGAGCACAUUUUACUCUAUGGAAUAAGCUAUUGGAGAGAUCUCGGAAAAUGGUAACUGAAGAUCAAACUAAACCUACAGAGGAAAGUGCUUCGACCCAGUAAUUUCCUAAAAAUUAAAUAUAUAUAGAUAAGACAGCUUAUGCUGUUCACAAUAAAAAUUUUACGCAGAAACAACCCUGCGCCCUCCAGCUCCCCAGAUAUAACACCUUGACAUGUUUUCUCCAUUCAGUUCUUUUUUCUACAUGUAUAAGCACAUGUACAAAUACAAGUGGAAUCUUUUGAAAACAAAGGAUCAUACUAGUUUCCGUUUUUGCUAUCUUAUUUUAUUUUUUUAUUUUUGAGAGAGAGAGAGUGAGUGGGAGAGGUGCAGAGAGAGAGGGGGAUAGAGGGUCACUCUGACUGCAGUGAGCCCGAUGCGGGGCUUGAACUCAUGAACCACAAGAUCACAACCUGAGCCGCGGUCACUGAACUGACUGGGCUACCUGGGCACCCCCAUUUUUGCUAUUUUAAACAAUGGCACAGUAAACAUUUUUGUACAAAAUGUUUAAGUGCUUUGUGGUUAGAUUAGUUGAGUAUUGACCAAGUUAACAGUAUUUCCUAUGUUCUGGCCAUGGUGCUAAGCCUUUCACACGGAAUCUCUUAUUUAAUCCUCAAAAUGUGUUGAGAAGCUAUUUCCAUUUUGUAAGGGAGGAAACUGACAGACCGUAGAACUGGCCAGUAGCAAAGCUGGAAUGUGGACCCACGUAACUUCACCCGCAUGCUCUACACCGCCUCACAUAUAAGUGACGUCAGAGGAAUAGACUCUGGUAGUAGAAUUAUUGACAGAUGCUACCAGAGCUUAGCUUCCACAAGGUUUUGCCAAAUGGCAGUCCCAACCACAGUCUGGGAGUGCCUGCUUCCCGUGUCGGGCAAAUCUUGAUUAUCAGCCCUUUUAAAACUGUUUGGCCAAAAGAUUUCUUUCUGUUCCAGGUUGAACACUUUGCUUUCUGGGCUUAGUGCACAGGUUUCUUCUGAAGAUUUGAUUUCUUCCCUGGGUGGGAUCUACUUCCUAGAGACCAUAUCUUCCUGUUCCUUUGGGAACUUUCUCAUUGUGUUGGAAUCCCUAGUGAGUUCCAUCUUAAGAAAAAGCAUCUAAGAGGUGAGCCCUUGCAUGUCUAAAGGAGCUUUGUUUUGCAACUUACAUGUGGUCAACUGGCUAGAGUUGUAGACUGAAAUGUAAUUCUCUUUUUACACUUACUUAUUAUUGAGAGAGAGAGAGAGAGAGAGAGAGAGACAGAGCAUAAGUGCAGGAGGGGCAAAGAGAGAGAGGGAGACAGAAUCUGAAGUAGGCUCCAGGCUCUGAGCUGUCAGCACAGAACCCAAUGUGGGGUCAAACUCACAGACCACAAGAUUGUGACCUGAGCUGAAGUCAGACACUUCACCGACUGGGCUACCCUGGCGCCCCUGAAAGGUAAUUUUCUGUCAAGAUUUUGAAAGCAACUCAGGUUAACUUCUGGCAUCUGAUGUUGCUAAUGAAAAGUCUGAUACCCUGUCUGAUUUUGUUCCUUUUUAUAUAAACUGUUCUCUUAAACCUGCCUUCCUCCAUAUCACCUGCCCUACCACACCCCCACAUGCAUACACACUUGGGGUACUUUUAGGACCUUGAUGUUCUAGAUGACCUAGAUGUUUCAUAUCUAUCUAGGUUUUUAAUUAUUCUGGUGCUUUCAAUUUUGAUAACUCUUUUGAGCUCUAGGGAAUUUUUCUUUUUAAAUAUUCCUUUUUCUGUUUCUCUAAUACCAUUUAGUUAGGUUUUAGAUCUGUAUUUUUCCCCUCUUUUUCCUUUCUUCUUUCCUUCCUUCCUUCCUUCCUUCCUUCCUUCCUUCCUUCCUUCCUUCCUUCCUUCCUUUUCUUUCUUUCUUUUCUUCCUAUGUAUAUCUUUAUCUUUUUAAUUGAAAUUCAUGUAUAACAGACACAGUGUAUCUUUCUGAACCUUUUAUUUAUUUUUUUUUUAAGUAGGCUCCAUACCGAAUGUGGGACUUGAACUCAUGACCCUGAGAUCAAGAGUUGCGUCCUCUACCAGAGAGCCAGCCCUCUCUGUGACUCUAAAGAACAGAUAGAAUUAUAUUCAUUUAUUUCCUGGUCCCUGAAUUCUAUCUUUCCUCAAGUGAUAGAUUUUUUUGCUUAUCUCAACUUUUCAUGUUUCAGGGUUUUCCCCCCAGCCCCCAAAAUCUAGUGAUUGUUGGUUAUUAGUUUUAGUUGGAAAGGUGGUUAUGGGGAGAUUGGAUGGCAGCUCUGUGGUCCAGGCAGGGUUUAGCGUCUGUGAGGAAGAGUAUUGAUGGUGGCUGUUAACGAUGGGGAUUUUCGAAAUGCUAAAAUGAUGGGGUCUUCGGUUUCGGUGACAGAUGCCCAUAUUGACUGCUCUUGUUCCUCCCAGACAGUUCUUUCACUUACGAGAUCCCUCCAAUAUUUUGCCUGUGGGGAGAUAACCUGGACUCAGGCCUUUCUGUAUUUGGAGAUCGGGGAUAUGGGGUUGAGGUCAACUGGUUUGUAUAUAGACCUCUAAUCCCCCUUUUAGCUCCUUUUCUGUCUUUUACCACCUCUGGGCUUCUCCAGGCCCAUCGUCUCUCUCUUCUGAUGGGCUCCCUCCACAUCCAGUCUAGGUGGUGACAUCCUCUACUGUUACUAGUCACAUCUUUUGGAGAUUGCUGGAAAUUUCUUGUCUGCUCCUGCUUUCCUCUCCCAUCCCCUUUGUGGAUUUAUACUUUGAUUUUUUUUUUUGAAUUAUGAGCUAUUUUAAACAAAAUAGUUGUGUAUUUUUGUACAGAGACAUGCAGAACUUCACCCUUAUGUGAGUGGACAUCUGUCAUGCUUUUUGGGGACCUAGCACUGCGUGAACACCCACUCUGGUGACUUCCCCCUUUAUGGAUCUUAUCUCAGCAAGUGCAAGAGUGGAACUUACUUUCCGAAAUUGCCUGGCAGCUGGGGCUCAGCCAGGCUUCACGCCCAACAUGGGACUUGAACUCACGAUUCUGAGAUCAGGAGUCGCAUGCUUUACCAACUGAGCCAGCCUGGCUCAGCAAGAGUCACCAGCAGACACACUUGUGUGACAUUUGGGAGUGACACCAGGAAGACAGAGUGGCACAUGGGAUGCACUUUGUCGAGGGGAGCAGUGGCUUGUGGCUUCCAAGGCAGCAGUGCUCCAAGGGUGCCAGCAGGUCCCCCUCUGCAGCCACUCAGGUGUAAGGGCAUUUCGUGGAGCUGUGUAACCCGAUUUCCAAGCCUGGGCCUGUCUGCGAGCCAUUUGUUUCCGGCGUAAACUAGCUAGAGCGGAUCCCGUCGUUCGCAACCGGGCUUGUUGACGUGUGGCCACUACCCAAGUGUAACCAUUGUUAACCUUUUCCCUUAGUUACUUCCGAUCCUUGUGUUUUUAAAUAAAAAGCCGCCUCUUCAUUGAA